AUGGACAAAAAAGGUAACUUUGAAAGAUUAAGAAAUAAGUUGAAAGUCGAUUUAUUCAGGAAUGAGAAUUAAUAAUAAUAGAAUGAUUAAGAAAUUAUUAAUCAAUGCCCAUAAAUAUUGGAAUAUGUUCAUUCUUCAAGUUAAAGUGAAUUUAAAGAGAAUAACCCCAAAAUAAUUGAUUAUUUGUCAAACAAGAAACAAUUUGAAUAAAUGAAGCAAUCAUUCAAAAAUAUCUAUCAGAUUGGAAAAAUUCUGGGUGAAGGAGCCCAUGCAGUUGUAAGGUAAUGUUGGCAAAUAACUAACCCAGAUGAAACAUAUGCUGUCAAAAUUUCAAGGAAUGCAGAUCCAGAAAUAACUGAAAUUAUGAAAUAAACAUUCCUUAACACCGUGGCUUUAAAUCACCCAUAUAUUUGUAAAACUAAUAUGCUUUACAUUGACCCAAAUAUGGAAUGCUCUUAUCUAGUGAUGGAGUAUUUGCCAUAUCCAAGUCUCUAACAUAUAUUAAAGGAAAGACAGACUUUGGAUUUGAACGAAACCUGUUUAAUAGUAAGAUAAUUAUUUGAGGCCGUGUCAUAUAUUCAUAAAGUUGGAUUAUGUCAUAGAGAUAUCAAACCAGAUAACAUUGUUUUUGAUAAUGACACCAACACCAUUAAGUUAAUUGAUUUUGGUGUUUCAAAAAGAUUCCUUAUGGCCGAAAAGAAUUUCAAAGACAUCAAAAAUAACCUCAUGUGGACAGUAACUGGAACAAUGCCCUAUCAAGCUCCUGAAUUGUGGGAAGGUGCUGGCUAUUCCAAUAAGAUUGAUGUUUGGGCUAUUGGAGUUGUCUGUUAUCAAAUGCUAUGCGGUAAAUUACCUAUAGACUAAGAAAAUCAGAUGGAAAGUUUUUCAACUUAAUCAGAAUACACCAGCCAUUUUCAAUAGCCAGAAUUUCUUAAAUUACCCCCUUUAGUCAUUGACUUCAUCAAAAGAAUAUUGAGGUGGAAUCCAGACCAAAGAUUGACUUCAGCUUGUAAUGUUAUAUUAUAAAAAAAUAGAGGCUCUACUUCAUCCUUGGCUUUAUCAAACUAAGAUUUUCUCUAAGCAUCAAAAAAUGAGAUCAUAAGAUGACAUUGUUCUUGGGUUAAGUGAGAAACCACUUUUGGGUAUUUUAAGGUCUAUGUAAGCAAAUAUGAAAAUAUUACAAUAAUCUGUUUCUAAUUCUAAUGAAUAAUUUAUUGAUAAAAGAGAUCUAACUAAAAAUCAUGGAUAAAUCAUUAUUGCUUAUAAAGAAACCAGUUAACAAAUCAGAGAAAAAUCGAUUCACUUUUAAUAAUCAAUCCAUUCAAUCAAUCUUACCAAAUGUACAGCUAAGUCUGGUACAGAUGAAGUCAAAGACCUUUUUGACGUAAUCAAUUUCUGUGACAGCAACUCUUCAUUCGAGGCUUUAGAAGAAAAACAAUAAUUAUAAGCUCAAUAAUCAAAAUCAGCUUAGUAGCAGUAAUAACAAAAAUUGGGUUUUUCCUAAAGACUAGGUGUAAUUAAAGAGGAACCAGAAACUCCAUAGAAUAAAUAACUCAAGAAAAUAUUUGAUGAAAUCGACUAGAUUUGA